UUAUUUCAGUAAAACCUGACUACACUUUACCACACACAAUAGUAACACUUAAAUCCCAAAUCCACAAACACGUAUCAGAAUUCAGACCUAAUCAAGAAAUCUCCUCGCUCUGUUUCCUCUUGCCUAGACCUCCACCCCCACCACGAACAUCCACACACAAGUCACCGGAUUCGUCGCUGGAGCUUGGAAACCCCGUGAGCGUGGUGUCGCCGCCAUCCCAAGGGUGAAGGAGGGUUGGAGUAUUUCUUUGAGAGAUUAAAAAUUCUACGUAUUCUGAUUUAGAAAAUGUCGAGUAAGAAAGAAGAUAAAGCUCAGGUUGCAGCUGAAAGAAUCAAGGCUGCAACCUUGAGUGCUGCGAAAGGUCUUAGUCGUGCUCAGGCUGAACGGGCUGCAGCAGCUGCAGCACGAAAUGUCAAUGCUUAUGGGCAGAAGGAAGAAGGGCCUAGCAGAUGGCAGGAGAAAAGGGAGGCAAAGAGGCAGAUGUAUUUGAACAGUACUGAAAAGGCUGUGAGAUUGGGUGAAAGGAAAGACCUUAAGGCUACUACGACUACAACGAGUGGUGUGGCUUCACAAUGCCAGAAGUGUUUCCAGAGUGGUCAUUGGACAUACGAAUGCAAAAAUGAACGUGUUUACAUCUCACGACCCUCUCGGACCCAGCAACUUAAGAACCCCAAGUUGAGGAUGAAGGUGUCAAUCUCUUAUGAUUUAGAUAAUCCUGAUGUUAAGGAGGAGGAGAAGCCUGAAAAGAGUUCUAAGAAAAGCAAAAGGAAGCAACGGGCAGAUUCUGAUUCUGGUAGUGACAGCGAGGCUUCAGUUUUUGAGACUGAUAGUGGAGCAUCGUCAGUUACCGGAUCUGGUUAUUCUUCAGAGAGUAGUUCGGAUUAUAGUUCAUCAUCUGAUUCAGAGGAGGAGAGGAGGCGGCGAAGGAAGAAAAAGAAGCAGAAGAGGGGGAGGCGUAGUAAGAGGUACAGUACUUCGUCUGAGUCUUCUGAUUCGGACUCGGCUUCAGAGUCUGAUUCUGAUGAUAGGAGCAGCCGCAGGAAGAGCAGGAGGCACAGCCGAAGGCGCUAAAGGAGGUAGUUGAACAGUAAGGAUCAGUGGCAUGGAGUAGUAUUUGCUUUACUAUUUUUCUUGUGUGUUGUUAACCUCUACGAGCUCCAAAUAAAUUCUCAUCAGCACCUAUGGAACUUUGUGAAGGUUUUAUGCAUGUUGCAAGCUGUGCCUUGUAAAAUAAGCUUAGUAGAUGUUUUCUUUUUUCUGUUAUUGUAUGAUAAAAUACUUAAGAUUUUGCCUUGUUUGCCUUUUCAUAUUGCAGUUUGUUCUUGACC